CUGAACACCGGGGACCAGACGGGCCGGGCCGAGGGGCGGCGGCGAAAGGCAGAGCGCAGCGAUCUCUGUCGGGAAGCGCAACCUCCUCGGGCCCCGCGGGGCCGCGCAGGGGGCGUUCUCAAUCCCGCGCCCGCUCCCUCUUUCCAUCCCCUGCCGCCCGCAGGCCACCCCGGGGCCCGGUUAUCCGCGCGCGCGUACCCGGGCUCGGGCCCGUCCCCGGCCCUCGAGGGAGUCGCUGCCCUCACCGAGACCUCUGCAGCGGCCGCACCAGAGGCCGCCCGGGCAGGACCCCGGCGUGAGCAUCGAGCGCCCCCCAAGGAGUGCACGACCCCCGGAGCCACCCUCAACACGGACCGCGCCCGCCGGGCACACAAGAAUGGUCACUCAGAUACUCGGGGCCAUGGAGUCUCAGGUGGCGGGGGGCCCGGCUGGCCCGGCCCUGCCCAACGGGCCACUCCUUGGUACAAACGGAGCCAGUGAUGACAGCAAGACCAACCUCAUCGUCAACUACCUGCCCCAGAACAUGACCCAGGAUGAGUUCAAGAGUCUCUUCGGCAGCAUUGGUGACAUUGAGUCCUGCAAGUUGGUUCGGGACAAGAUCACAGGGCAGAGCCUCGGCUACGGGUUUGUGAACUACUCUGACCCCAACGAUGCAGACAAAGCCAUCAACACCCUCAACGGCCUCAAACUGCAGACGAAGACCAUCAAGGUGUCCUAUGCCAGGCCCAGCUCCGCCUCCAUCCGGGAUGCGAACCUGUACGUCAGCGGGCUCCCCAAGACCAUGAGCCAGAAAGAGAUGGAGCAGCUCUUCUCCCAGUACGGCCGCAUCAUCACUUCUCGCAUCCUGGUGGACCAGGUCACAGGUGUCUCUCGGGGUGUGGGAUUCAUCCGCUUUGACAAGAGGAUCGAGGCCGAGGAGGCUAUCAAAGGACUGAACGGGCAGAAGCCACUGGGUGCGGCCGAGCCCAUCACGGUCAAGUUUGCCAACAACCCGAGUCAGAAGACCGGGCAGGCCCUGCUCACUCACCUCUACCAGUCCUCCGCCAGGCGCUACGCAGGCCCACUGCACCAUCAGACACAGCGCUUCCGGCUGGACAAUUUGCUCAACAUGGCCUACGGAGUCAAGAGUCCCCUGUCGCUCAUCGCCAGGUUCUCACCCAUCGCCAUCGACGGCAUGAGCGGCCUCGCGGGCGUGGGCCUGUCGGGGGGCGCGGCGGGCGCUGGCUGGUGCAUCUUCGUGUACAACCUGUCUCCGGAGGCGGAUGAGAGUGUGCUGUGGCAGCUGUUCGGGCCCUUCGGGGCAGUCACCAAUGUCAAGGUCAUCCGCGACUUUACCACCAACAAGUGCAAGGGCUUUGGCUUCGUCACCAUGACCAACUAUGACGAGGCGGCCAUGGCCAUCGCCAGCCUCAACGGCUACCGCCUGGGCGAGCGCGUGCUGCAGGUGUCCUUCAAGACCAGCAAACAGCACAAGGCCUGAGCCACCGCCGCCCUCCCCACCCUUCCCGGGCAGCAGAGACAGAGAGAGAGAGAGAGAGAUUGAGAGAGAGAGAGAGAGAGAGACAGGGGCCCGAGAGAGACAGCGCAGGCAGACCACGGACGGCACGAGGGCCCCGUGUCCCUGCAGAAGCCACAGGGUGAGCACUCGGUGGGAGGGUCUGCAGGGAAUGGGAGGGCUCCUGGGGGUCCCCCACCCCGUCCUCCUGCCCCUCCCCCCCAGGCUGGGCUGUUCACUCUCUCGUCUUGGUUUUGUUCAUGGUGAAGGUUUUUGUUUCCUUUUUCGGCUAAAGUGAAAGCAGAGAUGUGCCCCUAGCCCACCCUCAACCACCCUCCGUGGAUGGCUUGGGGAAGGGGUGCUGGGGGUGCCCUCCCAGGCCCCCUGGCCCAGGCCUCCCCAACACCUAGGUGAGCCUGAGAGGGGGCAGCAGGUUUAAAAAUCCCCAAAAAAGCGAAACGUGAGAGGGGUGUGGGCAUCCCUGGCCCAGAGCCCCUUGGAGGAAUGUGAGGAGCAGGGGGAGGGGCUGGAAACAGAAACACAAUGAA